AUAACCAAGAAGGAAAAACAGAAAGAAAAGAAGGAAAAAAAAAUGGGUUCCAUUAGUGAAGUUGUUAAGCCUCAUGCAGUUUUAGUCCCAUACCCAGCCCAAGGCCACGUAAAACCCAUGCUUAAACUCGCCAAAAUUCUCCACCAAAAAGGGUUUCACAUCACCUUUGUUAACACAGAGUUCAACCACAGACGCCUUCUAAGAUCCAGCGGCCAUGAUUCUCUCAGAGGUUUGCCGUCCUUCCGCUUCGAGGCCAUUCCCGACGGUCUCCCUCCGUCCGACGCCGACGCUACCCAAGACGUCCCUGCGCUAUGCGAGUCCACUACCACCACAUGUCUGGGCCCCUUCAAGGACCUGCUAACCAAGCUCAACAACACCGCCGUGUCCAACGUUCCGCCGGUGUCGUGUAUCGUUUCCGACGGCGUCAUGAGCUUCACUCUUGCCGCGGCGGAAGAAUUUGGGUUACCGGAAAUCCUGUUCUGGACUACCAGCGCUUGUGGCUUCUUGGGUUAUAUGCAUUACUCCCAGCUCAUUCAGAAAGGUUACUCACCCCUUAAAGAUGCUAGUUACUUAACAAAUGGGUAUUUGGAGACGGUUGUGGAUUGGAUAAAGGGAAUGCCUGGAAUACGUUUAAGAGAUCUCCCAAGUUUCAUAAACACUCCAAACCCAGAUGAUUAUAUGGUGAAAUUCGUGGUCCAAGAAACGGAGAGAGCUAACAAGGCUUCGGCCGUUAUACUCAACACAUUUGAUGCUUUAGAGCAUCAAGCCAUCAGCGCCCUUCAAUCCAUGCUCCCUUCCGUCUACACCAUCGGCCCCUUACAGUUCAUGGAGAAACAGCUCGUACAAGACGACGACGUCAAAUCAUUCCGAUCAAAUCUCUGGAAAGAAGACGAAACCUGUCUCGAUUGGCUCAACACCAAAGACCCAAACUCCGUGGUGUACGUAAACUUCGGAAGCAUCACCGUGAUGACCCCCGACCAGCUCGUGGAAUUCGCGUGGGGAUUAGCGAACAGCAAGAAGACGUUCUUGUGGAUCAUAAGGCCUGAUGCUGUCUCCGGGGAAGAAGCCGUUGUUCCGCCGGAGUUUCUAGAAGAAACUAAAGAGAGAGGCAUGCUGGCGAGUUGGUGCCCGCAGGAGAAAGUCCUGGGCCAUCCUGCCGUGGGAGGGUUUUUGACUCACAGUGGAUGGAAUUCGACUAUGGAGAGUAUUUGUGCGGGUGUGCCUAUGAUCUGUUGGCCGUUUUUCGCGGAGCAACAGACCAACUGCUGGUACUGUGGGACCCAUUGGGGCAUUGGAAUGGAGAUUGACAACAAUGUGAAGAGAGACGAAGUGGAAAGCCUUGUGAGAGAGUUGAUGGAUGGUGAGAAGGGGAAAGAGAUGAAGAGAAAGGCGAUGGAGUGGAAGAAGUUAGGUCAAGAUUCAGCUACCGCUCCAUCAGGUUCAUCUUACGUCAACUUAGAACAAAUCAUCAAUAAAAUACUUCUGUCUCCAAAAUGUUAGUAAAACUAACACUAUGUCUUAUAUAUUUAUAUAAUUACUCUUAUAACUCUUGCAGCAUUAAUUACUCUUUCCAGUGUCAGGUUCAUGUGUACUGUAUAAUAUAAGUUAUAAUAAAAUUAGGGAUUUGGCACGGUUUCCGGCCGGCCGGCCGGCAGACAACCAAUUGCUUCCUGCCUACGA